GCAGUUCUCCAGCAGGUAUCCCCGAGCUGUGCGUCUGACAGCAGAGCAUCUGACUGACCUCCAAGCAUCAAGCCCGAGGAAAACCUCAGGAGAAAAAAGCGACAGUCAAAGAUUUUCAUUGAAAUCCCGACAGACUGCUGGACUGAAGGAUGUUGCUGUGUGCCUGUGUGAUACUCUUGGUGGCCUCAGAUCUGGGCCUCUGUUUGGAGGAAGCCGAGCUAGACGCCCAGUGGGAACAGUGGAAGAACAUCUAUGGCAAAAACUACAGAAAUGAACCUGCGAUGAUAGUGCCGAGGUCCCUCUGCUUCACCCCUGUGAAGGAUGAUGAUGAUGUUGAAGAGCACCGGAAGGAGAUCUGGAAGGAGAACAUGCAUACGAUUGAAGUCCACAACCGAGAAGCAGAACAGGGCAAACACUCCUACAUUCUGGGGAUGAACCACCUCGGAGACAUGACCUCAAAGGAAAUGUCUGAGAAGAUGACGUGCUUCAGGGGGCCAACACAUCAUGAAUCACUCAGUCAUUACGAAGGCAAAACCAUUGAGUCUCAGUGUAAGACAGAAGCCAAGCUGCAGGAGAGCUCUGAAGACACGGUUUACAAUAAGAAUUGCUCACUGGCGGCGUUACCCAAAUCUAUCGACUACCGUGAGAAAGGCAUGGUGACUCCAGUCAAAGACCAGGGAUCAUGUUUCUCCUGUUGGGCAUUCAGUGCUGUGGGGGCCCUCGAGGGACAGUUGGCCAAGACGACGGGCCAACUGCUGAACCUCAGUCCUCAGAACCUGCUGGACUGUGACAAUCAGAGUGAUGGCUGCAAAGGAGGACACAUGACCACGGCCUUUGAGUAUGUUGAAGAGAAUGGAGGCAUUAACUCUGAGGAGGACUACCCGUACACGGCAGAGGUCGACAGGUGCCGCUACAAUUCAUCAGCCUUUGCAGCCCAGUGCAAAGGCUUUAAGAAGAUCCCAAAGGGGGACGAAUGUGCCCUGGCUCAAGCCCUGCAUGAUGUGGGUCCCCUGUCUGUGGCUAUCAACGCAGUCCCCAUCAUGCUAUAUGGGAAGGGUGUUUACAACGACCAAAAAUGUAACGAAAAGAAACCCAAUCAUGCCGUGCUGUUAGUGGGCUAUGGAGAGACCGCAGAGGGGGUGAAAUACUGGAUUGUGAAGAACAGCUUUGGGACGGAUUGGGGCGAGGAGGGUUACAUCCGGAUUGCACGUGACCAUGGCAACCACUGUGGUAUUGCCAGCGACGCCAGCUACCCGGUCCUGUGAAAGGGGAAAUGGACGGAAACAGAGGAAAAUAAAGGAGGUGAAAAAUAACUAAAAAAGAGAAGUGAUGAACCUGCCUGCGACACACUUGUUGUUCAACGCCCAAUUGUGACUUUUGAAGUUA